UAUGUCAACUGUCACGAUAAAUCUUGGAAUCGAUGUUGCUUGAUCUCUAUUCUUUUGUGAUUGUUUUAUUUUAGUAUAUGAAAUCGUCUAUGUGGACUAUGAAAAUAAACAAUAAAAAUAUAAAUGAGUGCUCUCCAGUGCUAAACAACAAAGCUUACUAAAUAAAUUCCAUCUACAAUGACUUCCUCAGAAUUAGAGAGCCGAAACGUCCCAAUAUCCAUGAGAAAAUCAGUGGAGAAUCUUGUAAUAUCAUCGCAAGAUGCCAUCGGCCAGAGCAUCAGUCAGGCUCUCAGUUUCUCGGGAAUGAGCAACCCAGUAUAUCAAGAAACCAAAAAUCUGUCACGGUCACCAUCACCAUCUCUUAGAAUAACGGAAGCCAAACAGGACAAUAAUAUAGACAGUGAAUAUGAAAGGAGCGACGUACCGCUCGGCGCGGGCGACGCGCCCGUCGGCGUGGACGCGGCGCUCGCUGCGGCGCUCAAACCGGAUUUUAAUAAGCAGCUGUCAAACCCAGGGUCUCGCAGUUCCGACGGCAGCGGGAGGGCCAAGAAGAAGAGCUGGUACAACUCCCUGUACCCCACGUACAAGAGCAAGUCGGAGGACUUCAAGCGGCUGUUCAAGGACCUGCCUGAUGAUGAGAGGCUCAUAGUAGACUACUCGUGCGCGCUGCAGCGCGACAUCCUCGCGCACGGGCGGCUGUACGCGUCGCAGAGCUACCUCUGCUUCUACGCGAGCAUCUUCGGCUGGGAGACCUCGCUGACGCUCCGGUGGAAGGACGUCACGGCCAUCACCAAGGAGAAGACCGCUUUGGUGAUACCAAACGCGAUUCUAGUAUGUACGGAUUCGGACAAGAACUUCCUCACGUCGUUCUCGGGGCGCGACAAGGCGUACCUGAUGCUGUUCCGCAUCUGGCAGAACGCGCUCAUGGACCAGCCGCUCACCACCAACGAGAUCUGGCAGUGGGUGCACACUUGUUACGGCGAGGAGCUGGGGUUCGAUUCCGACGACGAGGGGUACACGCGGGACGCGCCCGACGAGCCGACGCAACCGCCCGACACGUCGGAGGAGGCCGUCGACACGUCGUCCAUGGACGCUGGGGGGACCGACUCGCGCGACGCUCGCGACGUGCGGGAGGUGUCCCCUGCACUGUUGACCAACGGCGAUGCUGACGGCGACGCGCUUCCCACCGACAUGUCCGACACCAGCGAGAGCGAGCCCGACCGGAACAGCGGUGAAGAGCACAAGUGCACAUCACCGCACACCGGCAAGGUGCUGCUCAAGGAGGUGUUCCCCUUCAACAUCGACCAGCUGUUCACCAUGAUAUUCACGAAUUCGCAGCUCAACCUGGAAUUGCUCGCCGUUAGAGGGGCCACCGAUUAUGUCCAGUCACCAUGGCAACCGGCGGGCGGGGUCAAGUGUCGCCAAGUGAGCUACACAUUGGGACUUACGUCGGGGCCGAUAGGGCCUAAGGAAGUGCACGUGAACGAGACCCAGAUAAUGAAUAAAUGCUCAAAGCCCGGCUACCUGUACUCGAUCAACUGCUCGAGCGAGAACUCGGGCAUCCCGUACGCGGACUACUUCAGCGUGGAGGCGCACUACUGCUUCGAGCGCGUACACGACACUACGACACGGCUCACCAUAUACGGAUGGGUCAACUACAAGAAGAGCAUGUGGCCUAUGGUCAAAGCAUUCCUAGAGAAGAACACGAUAAACGGCAUGGAGGAGUUCAGCCGGCUGCUGGAGAGCCAGCUGCGCGCGCAGCUCGCGCCCGCCGCGCCCGCCGCGCGCGCGCGCCGCCGCCGCCGGCACGACGUAAAGUGUGAGGAGAUAUAUGUGUCGCCGCCACUAUGCCCCGCGCCAGUGGCCGCCGCGCCGCCCGCAGCCAGCCGGGCGCCGCGCUGGCUGCUAGUAGCGCUCGUGCUACUGCUGCUACUCAACGCACUGCUAUAUACGCAGCUGUACUACUACAAGACGGAGAUCGAUAUGGACGAACUGCAUACUAAGCUGAGCGGCGUACGGUCAGCAGCGGCGGCGCAGUGGUCGGCGCAGCUCGCGCGGCACACGCUGCGCCAGCGCCGGCAGCUGCUCGCGUGGCGCGACGCGCUCGCCACCACGGUCGCGCACCUCGCUCAGACGGAGCAAUCGCUCGCAAAGCUGUUAGAAACGAUAAAACCGGUUCUGGAAAAAUCGGAAACUGACGAUCGGCACGGCGAGCUCUGAGCUGUUCCCGGCGGCGUCUGAGUGUCAGAUUAACUUUGUUUGGUGAAAGUGGUGAAGUGAUCAAUGGGAUAUUUCUUGGGAGACAAGAUAUUUUCAUUAGUAUAAUAUAAUCAAUGUUUGAUUUGGUUUGAGACUAUAUGUGAAACACAUAAAUACCAUUGGCCUUUUAUGUACAUAAAUCUGUAUCUAUACCGAUUAAAUAAAGCUGAAGAGUCGGUCUGUUUGAACGCGCUAAUCUCAGAAACUAUUGGACUUUAUCAAAAGUUCUUUCACUAUUUACCAUGGGCGAAGCUGGGGCGGACCGCUAGUUUAUAAUAAAUGUAAUAACUGUUUAAAUUUAAUGGAAAAUCCUAUAGUAACACAUGUUGAGUAAUCUUGAUGAAAAAAUUAUUUAAAUAGCAAAAUUUAGGAUACUAUUGGUCUAGCAACACCACGCAAAACAUUAGAAAGUAUUUGUGUAUAGCGCACAUAAAUUUGUUGAAAGUAUAUGAGUAUGUUACGUGUCAAAUUUAAAUAUCUUAUUAGUGUAACAUAGUUAUUUCAUCGUUGUGUUUAAAAUUGUAAUCGUUGGAGAUUAAACACAUGUUUCAUAAUUGCAACUGGCAAGAAAACUGCCAAUUAAUGUUACGAUUUUAUUUCAGAAACAUAAAUUGUAAAUAACAUAAUAAUUUUAACAAAAUAACUUACAUUUGUUCAUUUUGGAAUUUACAAAUAACAUUAAUUGUGGCAAUCGAUUAAAUUUUGAAGUGAUAACGUAUUAUGGAAGAGUAAACCGGUCCGUUACGUAACGCGUUACGACGCAAGUCUCUUCUAUUUUUCUCACGCAAACGGUUAAAUAAGUUUAAGUUAUCACUUCUGUCGGCGUCCCGAGACGCAUACGUUUUUUAUACUGAGGCUUCACUUUUGUUAUCUUUUUUAAAACAUAUUUUGAUUUAUUUAAACGCAAAUAGCUUACUGCUUGUUGAGUAUUUGGCGGUUUCUAAAUUAUUAGUGCAUUCUUUUAUCGGUUAGAGAAGUGUGGUUUAGUUGUGUAAGAGUUAAUUUACUCUGUUGUUUUGAGAGUGGUGUGAAAAAUAAAAUUUCGUUAGAUCAUAAUUAAUGUGUACUUAUGUUUCUAAAUUUAAUUUUUUUACUCAAACAAUUUAGUGAUAUUUCCAUAAAUAACGGUAACGAUUGAUUUGCGAAAAUUCGUAGAUUAUGGAAAAGAAAACCUUCAAUUAAAAGGUUCUAUGAAGCAGGCGUGGUGGGAACCCCUAUCAAGACGUCUUAAAGCAGUACUAACUCGAGUGUAGAUUGACAGUAGACGAGGUCGUCUACCUACAUAGCGCUGUCAUUUUUCCACACUGGAAUUAGUACUGCUUCAAGAAAUCUUGCUAAUCCCGCUGAUAUUAGUUUUGAGAUUCACAUUGAAAUAUAUAAAUAAGAAAAAUGCGUUAAUUGAAUAUGAACGCGUGAUAGAUAACGUAAAUUUACGAAAUAUGCAUCACAAUAUUUUUGUAGAUAAUAAUAUUGACUUUAAUAAAUAUUAUUGCAUUAUGGAGUCACACAUAAUACUUCGUAAACGUCCCAAAUAAAUUAUGCUAACACUAACAUGUGUAAAUAAAAAGGGUACAAUAUAGGAAUAAUGUUAUGUGGCCAAAAAUCUGUUCUUGGGGAUGUUCCAUUUUUUUUUUUUUCACUUCUAAACUUGGAAUUUACUAACAAAAUUUGGAUAUUUAUUUUGUGAAUCACAUUUUAUAUUAUAAUUUUGUUUGCAGGGUACUUGCGGGUACUUAAUUUGAAAUUAUAAGACAUAUAAUUUUCAUAUUUUAAAUAAGCGAUAUCUCCUCCCAGGUACUUCGGUGACCGUUUUUGUAAAAAAUAAUUAUUAUUCUGUAAUAAUUACGUUAAUGCCAAAUCAACUUAGUACUAUUCCUUUCUGUGGCUUUUUUUACACUUUGUGUAUAAUUAUUUAUUUCUGUUGUAAUUAGAUGUCAAUGUAAAAUGGAAUCACGGUUAGGUGUCAUUAAACAACAUUAUAUUUUAAGUUUUAAGUUAAGCUUUUUAUAUUUUGAGUAAUCUUUCGUGUAAAAUGUGUAUAAUGAAUGUCAUUUAAAUGCUGGUAACAUUAAUGUCAAAUCGUAGUUGACCUCAAAAUCUAUAUUACGUUUUCCUAAUAGAUUAAAUUAUAUUAAAUGUGUAAAUUAUAACUGUAUUAUGUUGUUAAAAUCGUGUAGUGAAAUAUAAAUUUAAUAAGAGAUAAAAAAAAAAUAUAUUUCUAAAAUUGUUCGAUGUAUUAGAUCUCCUCUGAUGAAUAUUUUGGUGCUGUUAAUUUUUAAAUUUGUGGGAGCUUGCGUUUUAUUCUCUGAUCCUAUUCUGUUGGUGGAAUUGUACUGAAACAAUCGAUUGGUUGUGGGUCCGU